CGUACUCUGUAAACGCCUCAAGGAUCCCGUUGCUUGUCGAUGCCGAUGAAAGAAACACACACCCUGUUGACAGUUAACCCUGGAGGCAUGAACAAUAAUUUGUUGUUCUGAAACUGAGUCAUGACCAUAAAGAAAAAAUGUUUGCAAAUACCACGGACACAGUGGAUGACAUGUAUGCAUCUACAAAACAUCCCGUUAUCGCCGUUGUUCUCGGCAUGUGUUCUUUCAUCACUGUUCUUGGAAAUGUUUUAGUGAUAGCAGCAGUUGUUAAAGGAUUAAAUUUACGGACAGUGACGAACUACAUGAUUGUGUCUCUAGCCUUUGCGGAUGUGAUGGUCGGUGGAAUUGUUAUGCCUUUCAGUAUUAGUUUUGAGAUAAACAAUCAUGUUUGGUAUUACGGACCCACCUGGUGUGAUCUCUGGCAUUCAUUUGACGUGUUAGGAAGCACGGCUUCAAUCUUAAAUUUGUGCACAAUAUCUUUGGAUCGUUACUGGGCGAUCACUGACCCUAUAGCUUAUCCAAAUCGGAUGACACCGUGCAGGGUGUCCAUUCUCAUUACAUGUGUGUGGCUUUGCUCAGCAGGAAUAUCCUUUCCGGCAAUAGCUUGGUGGAAAGCAGUUAGUCCGCCUAGAUUACCAAAUGAUCAGUGCGUGUUUACUGAGGAUGGUGUAUAUUUGAUAUUCUCAUCUAUGGUGUCAUUUUAUUGUCCGACCAUAAUAAUGAUAUUCGUGUAUAUUCAAAUAUAUCGUGCAGCUAGAAAUCAAAGAAAAAGUAUUGAAAGUGGGGCAAAAGUGUUGAAAUCACAUCGGUUGUUCGGUACCAGCGGUGUGAUGACAUUACGAAUACACCGCGGCGGAACUGCCAAGUUGCGAUCGCCAGGUACAACCCAUGAAUCAACACCAUUCCAAAAGCAAAGCGAGAGUGAGGAGGAGGAUACAUCACGGGCGUCAUACGCACAAACGCCUGUCCACUCUGAGUACCACGGCAUCACAAACAAUGACCAUCAUAAUAAGUUUCACAGUCACCAUCAUGACCACCACCAUAAUCAGGAUCAAGAUAGUUAUAAUAAAAGACCCAUGAAGUCUAUUGCUAAACGUUUGAGCAAGCUUGCUUUAAGUAAAAAAAUGUCAAAACUUGCCAAAGAACAAAAAGCUGCAAAGACAUUAGGGAUUGUUGUUGGGGUUUUUAUUUUAUGCUGGAUGCCAUUCUUUGUUGUUAACGUUCUUAUCGGAAUAUGUGGCGCUGGCUGCAUUAGUCAUCCGGAUAUCGUAAUGCCAGUUUUUACGUGGUUUGGCUACAUAAAUUCCGGCGUAAAUCCCAUUAUUUAUGCAUUAUCAAUGAGAGACUUUAGAAGAGCGUUUGGACGGAUAAUUUUUUGUUGUUGCCCAAAGUAUAGAUUACAGUACAGACAUCGCGGAAUUACGUGUCGAAACACAAGCUCGUCGAGCUUUAUGGGUUCAACAUUAUUGUAA